AACUAGCAACAUGGGAAACCAAAGUUCACGUAAUCUCGGAUCUGAAUCAAGCCCAGGACUUCUGCCUGUAACAUCCCUCAAGAAACAGCAGUACCCAUUUGAAAAUCUAAUCUUUGAAGGAUGUGGUGCCAAAGCAUUUGCUUAUGCUGGAGCAAUAAAAGUCCUCGAGAAAACUGGCAUUCUUUCUAAUAUCAAACGAUUCAGUGGUGCUGGAACUGGUGCUAUUGUAGCCUGUCUUUUGGCCGCUGGUUUCAGUUGCAAUUCUCUGCAACAGACCGUCAGUGAACACCUGGAAAAGUUCUUGUCUGACAACCAGUGCACUGAUGAGAUUCCCCAAGAUGAGAUGUUCGAGAAGUUCGGUUGGAAUUCUGGCCAAAAAUUCUUUGACUGGUUCGGUGAUAUUCUAACUCAAAAGUGUGGAAACGCUGACAUAACAUUUCAAGAACUUUACAAUAGGACUGGCAAGGAAUUGUGUAUCGUUGCUGUGAACUUAAACCGAAUGAAAGAGGAGUAUUUUCACCCCAAAACAACACCUGAUGUCGUUGUUCGUCGUGCAGUCCUUAUGACCAUCUCUGUUCCUGGAAUGUCCCAGCCUGUGAAAUUUAGUGUGGCCGAUUCCCCCGAAAGCUACUACCUUGAUGGUGGGAUGCUUUGCAACUACCCCAUUCACUGCUUCGAUGGUUGGUGGCUAUCAAUGCAAUCCGACAACUCAUUUCUUCAGAAAUGUCAAACUCCUGAUAUUAGAACGCUGAAUAAAGAACGUUUCUCUGGCGUUAACUCCCAAAGCCUCGGAUUUAUCAUGUUCGACGAUUAUCACUUCGCUAAGAUUUAUGAUGCAAUGAAGGAGCGCCUGGAUCUUACGGAAGCUGCUAUCGCCAUACCCGAAAGUAACCUUGGCAAGAAAUACAAAGACGUUGGUCAAAACAUUGAGCAGAUGAGACUGAUAUUUGAGAAGUUUCCAGAAGCCAUGACAAAACUUCGUGAAGUUUUGGAGAAAAUCAAAGACAGCAACAAUUUGGUAUCGGUUUCCGAAUUGACAAAGGAGAUAACCAAAGAACAUUUCUCUGCGAUAGAAAUUCAGGCGUUAUUUGGAGUUGAAAAUAAUGAAAAUGAGUGCCUUGCUUUUUUCCAAAAGCAUUUUGAUGCAAAGGAGAUGCUUCCAGUUACUGAAGUUAUAAGCUUUAUUGAGAAAAGAACCUCUCGCAAGUUUUACAGCUAUAGUAAGAUUUCAACAAGGUCGAAUGUGACCAAUUUAUCGUCAUUCUGGGGGACAGUAAUUAAUUCCAUCCACGAAAUCAACAAAUUGGCUUCGGAAGACGACUUGACCCGUACUGUUGGUAUUUACACCGGUCAUAUUAGUAAUAAUGAUAUUGAUCUGGAUGAAGCCGACGAAAUAUAUUUAUUUCAACAUGGUUGGAACUGUACAGUGGCCUUCUUGCGACAAUUCGGUGCCCUAUCAAUUACAACACCAGAAGAAAUGGUAUCUAUCAGUACCCAGGCACCACCACAUGAACCAAACCAAGAGCUCGAAACAACAACGGAACCGACAACUGAAUCUAAACCCACGGACCUUGAAGAUUGACUUUAAUGUUUAUAUGCACCUGGAAUCUUUGUUAUCGCUUUAUUUUUUUGGCCUCGUUUUGACUUCUAGAAAUAAAAUAAAUUGUCUUUGAACUAUA